AGUGUUACCUGCUGCGAAGUUCGAAUCGUUCAUUGAUAACAUGUGAAGAGCAGAGAUAGUGUGGGAUACACACAGCACACUGGGGCCGGCUCGGUGCAAGCACACAGUGUAUUUAUUUAAAUGUGUAUAUAUACUUUUUUAAAUAUAUAGGGGGGAAAAAAAAGUUUUCUCUUUUGCUUCACGUUGUAAGUUUUGCAUCUGUCUGUUCCGGACAAUGGGAGCAUUUGCAGUCGAGCGGGGAGUCGCGCUCGGGCUGCUGUGGAGCUGUUGCCUGGUGGUCGAGUGGUUGUCCGUGGCGGGCAGCUUGUUGCUGGACACGGGCAGCCACAGCGAGCUCCACUCGAGCUUUGUGCACCGCCGCCUCAAACACCACGAGAAGAAGAACAUGCAGCGGGAGAUUCUCUCCAUCCUGGGGCUACCCCACCGGCCCAGACCUCACUCGCACGGGAAGCAUAACUCGGCGCCCCUCUUCAUGCUUGACUUGUACAAUGCCAUGUCCACCGGGGGCGAGGAGGAGGAAGGCUUCUCGCACCAGUACAGACCGGUGUUCACCACGCAGAGCCCGCCGCUGGCCAGCUUGCAGGACAGCUCUUUCCUUAACCAGGCAGAUAUGGUCAUGAGUUUCGUGAACUUAGUUGAGCAAGAAGACUACACACUCUACCAGCCACUCUACCAAGAGUACAAAUUUAACCUGUCCCAAAUUCCAGAGGGGGAGUCUGUCACAGCCUCAGAGUUCCGCAUUUACAAGGAGUGGGUCAGAAGCCGCUUUGAAAAUGAAACGUUCGAGAUUGGCAUCUACCAGGUGUUGCAUGAGGAAACAACCAGAGAUACUGAUCUGAUGCUGCUGGAUACACAGACGGUGUGGACCUCGGAGGAAGGCUGGCUGGUGUUUGACAUCACUGCUACCAGCAACUUCUGGGUGAUGAGCCCCCAGCAUAACCUUGGACUCCAGCUGCGGGUACUGACUGUCGAUGGGCAAAGUGUCAACCCCAGGCUUUCCGGCCUGGUAGGACUCCAUGGGGCCCAGGAGAAGCAGCCCUUCCUGGUCGUCUUCUUCAAAGUCAGCAAGGUGCACAUUCGGACGACCCGAUCGGCUGCAAGCAAGCGCAGGAACCAAGGGCGCAGCAAGUCCACCUCCGUUCAAGAGUCACCCAGGGCAACGAGUUUAACAGUCUUCAAUGCAGCACCGCAGCGCAUUGCGUGCAGCAGGCACGAGGUAUUUGAACUUAGAUUCUUAGAACUUAGUUGGUUUGAUUGGAUAAUUGCACCUGAAGGUUACGCAGCCUAUUACUGUGAUGGAGAAUGCUCGUUUCCCCUCAAUGCACACAUGAAUGCCACGAAUCACGCGAUUGUGCAGACACUGGUCCACCUCAUGAACCCGGACUACAUCCCAAAACCCUGCUGUGCUCCCACCAAGCUGAAUGCAAUCUCUGUGCUCUUCUUUGACGACAGUUCAAACGUUAUACUAAAAAAGUACAGGAAUAUGGUGGUCAGAGCAUGUGGCUGUCACUAAUGGGGACGUGCAUGGAAUCUUCAGGUGUCCUGAAACUACUGGAGGAACAAAAUCCUCAACAUAGUGAUUUUUAAAAAGAUCCUUGGAAUAAUACCUCUGUAAAUAAUGUUUACAACUUUUUUUUUUAAAGAAAAAAAUUCUACUUAAAGGCAGUUGUAAUAUAUAUUGUACAUAGUUUUCCAUAAAAAUGUAAUUUAUUUGUUUUUGGGUUUGUUUGGUGACUACGUUUUAAUCUAGGGACCAUAAUGAUGUUGCUAACAGUUCAUGGCGUUCCAGGGUGGAAGAUGCAGUGUGUAAGAUAAGGGACCAAGUUUCAGAUGCAAACUCCACUUAGCAUUAUGACAAUCUCCGAGGCGACUUGUCAGAGCCCUGGUUUGAACAGAAACUGCACAUUAUUUUUAUAAAACGCACUCUGGACAAUCAUUUACAUUUUUUUAAUUAGAAAUUGCCAAGUAGUGUAAACCUUUGAUGUAGCAUCUCAUUUUUUAAAAAAUGAUUUUAUAUUGUACAAAAAAUAAGUGCCGACCAUACAAGUUUACUGCUAUCCACCUCCCACCUGGAAACAUACAAAUCAUUCUCUAACACACAUGCUAACAAUAAAGGAUGUUAAAAUGAAGUGGUUUUCCUUUGCAAUUUGCUCACUCAUUUGCAGCAACAUGUAUGAAUAGUAAACAGUUCUACAUCUCGGGUCUGUGUUCCCAGUACCUCACACUGUUUCAAAUGGCUCUGCCCAGAAUCACCACUGCAAUAAGACUGUAACAUUUGCUAUUUUGGAAGUCAUAUUUGUCUUUUUUUUUUAAA